AUGCCGGUUGGUGGCUCGAUAGCUGGGCUCAUGCAUGCUGUGGCGCUCAAGUCUCAUGGCCACAGCGUCGUGGUUCUCGAGAUGCGAACUGAACAGCAACUCCAAGCCCGCGCUGCAGGCUUGAGUCUGUGGUCAAACGCACAGAAGGUCUUCACAACAUACUUACCCGAUGUUGAGCUUGACGACAUCGUUUUCCGCAACCCCGCAUUUCCAAUCCUUGACAAGGAUGGUAAGGUCUUGGUAGAGGUGCCGUUCACGGAAGAUGUGCGCACCUCGUGCUGGGCUGGUCUACAUGGCUUGCUAUGGAUGGCCUGCGAGAAAGACGUUGAGGACCAUGGACCUGUCACCAUGCGGUGUGGAUACCAGGUAUGCGGGCUGACUGAGCAAGCUGACCACCUUGUGGUGGCGUACAAGGGCGAAGAUGGCGCCGAGGAACGAAUGACUGCAGACAUUGUCGUGGCGGCCGAUGGUGCGCGAUCCCAUCUUCGUAGCCUUGUCCUUCCUGAUGUGAAGACCGAUUACGUUGGCUAUGUGGCGUGGCGAUCACAAUUCCCUGAAAAGGAUGCGCCCGAGGAGCUACGUUGUGCUAUAGAGGGCAAGAUGCCUCUUUGCAUGCUGGACGGGAGCUACAUAGUGGUCUAUCUAUCGCCUAGCACAAUCGGAGACAUGCGUCCUGGCAACCGUGUCAUCGAAUGGUGUUGGUAUGAUGCGUGCGACGCUUCGACGCCAGUCUUUGCGGAUUACAUGACCGACGUUAAUGGUGUCCGACAUAACGUCACCGUACCCGGGGAUUUGUUGCGCCCAGAUGUUUGGGAGGCUCAGCUUAAGCGAAGAGAUAAGGUGUUGUCUCCAAUGUGGAGGAAGAUCUUCCACGACUCGAACCCGCCGCUUCUCACAGCCGUUCGUUCGUUUGACAAUACAAAAGCUUCGUUCCUCGGAGGCAAGUUGCUACUGGCAGGCGAGGCAUUCAUUCAACUUCGCCCACAUCUUGGCGCAAGCUGCGAUAUCGCAGGGUUAUCGGCCAUUACAUUGCCGCAGGUUCUGGCUGGGGAGAUGAGUCUGGGAGAAUGGGAAAAGAAAGUGGCUCAGCACGCUAUGGAGAAAGCGAUCGGAAGCAGGGCCACUGGAAUAUUUGGCAUGACGGGACAGUGGCCGGAAGGUUACACCGCAGAGUCUGCGGCGAAGUUCUCUGAGGAAGUGGCGGCUUGA